AUGACACAGGAUCAAGACAAUUCAAAUCGACAAUCGUCUAAUGAGUCUAGCAGUCUAUAUGAAGCAGCACAUAAUCUAGUCAAUGCAUUCAAUCAAUAUGUCUGGCCACAAAGAGCAGAAUCAAACCAACUGAACAUUUCCUCCUCCUCCUCAUCAAACAACAACAAUUCACAGGCUUUUGUUGGUACUUCUUUCCGUAAUAGGUACCUCGUUGGUAACCGACAGUAUUCGUUGGUACAGGACAAGGGAGUACAGACCGACCCGAUAGAUAUGAUAAUAAGAGAUUUAAAAAGAGAGGAUAAUAAGAAUGAAAAGAACACCUUGAAGUUGGUAGAAGCUGAUCACCAGCGAGUCAUUAGCCUUGAGAAUGAAAUAACCCGCAUGAAGAAGCAGUUGGUAUUACAAGGAGUAUCUUUUCAUACACCUUCAAGUCUUGGUAAUCAAAAGGUGACAAAGCCAAGACAACCUAUUCUUGCUCACAGUCUUGCCGGUGCUCGUCGCGUCAUGCCUGAAUCUGGCUUUGUACGUAGUCUAUAUAGCCCUCAAGCCAACAAGACAGAUGAUAGACACAAGAUUACGAUGCAAAGUAUAGUAAAAGAAAUACCCAAGCCCUUUCUUAUAUAA